CUGAAGCCUGUGAAAAUGGCCUGAAAUUGCGGCAACAGAAAUGGAGGUAGGAUACUAAGUGAGAUUUUCACGGGGAAACUAGGCAAGAUGUGUAAGGUGAGGGAAUGGGAGUGACUGGCCGGUCUUUAUGGGAAGUAGGGGGUACUUUCCUCUUUGGAUCAUCUUUGGAGGUGGUUUGAAAAGCAGGGACAAGGUGGCUUCAUCCUGUACACACAUCUCUGGUUUGCUCUAUGUCCUGUUCUCUUUUCCUUUCCCUCUCAUUGUGAAAUUCAUGCAGCCCUGGAAAGAAUGUUGGUUGGGAAAAUGACUAGCUAACAGAGAUGCUGAAGCAAAUGUUUGGUAGUAAUAAUUGAUAGCAAUUAGCCAAAUUCUCAGAGUGUGACUACAAGCCAUCUAGUAUCACAGUUUGGGAGAGGCCACUUGAAACUCCUUCCAAAUUCUCUCGACAGAGAGCAAAUCAGAGAAGCCUUUCAACUUGUAGGUUUAUGAUACUCUGACAUUUGAAUUUCGAGCUGUAAAAAUACGAAAACUCUUGAACAGAAAAUACCAUUGAUUUUUAAUCAUCUGCUUCCUCCAGAUCUAUGAAAAAUGAAGAGUAAUUUCAAGUUUAGCAAAUACAAGGAAACCAGAGGGCACAUUUCAAGGCUGAUGAGAUAUUUUUGAAACUUGUACAGAAUUGGGGUUUGGAUGGACCAUGCUACGGCUCCAUUGAUGGAGAGUGGGCAGUUGCCUGAAGUUAGCAGACUGAGCCAUGUCCUCUCAGCUGCUCCAGGGCUGCCUCCUUCCAGUUGAGCUAUCUUAUCCGGGACUGUCUGGUGUGGUGAGGUCCCAGCGGGGAAGGAGGCCCUGCAGGCAGGAGGCUGGUGGGGUGGGGUGGAGGCCAUGGUUCCUUUGCAUGAGGACAGUCGAGAGGAGGGCCUUUGCUCCAUCUGCCAGGAGCACUUGAAGGAGGCAGUGAGGACUGACUGUGGACACCUCUUCUGUCGAGUGUGCUUGGCCCUUUACCUGAAGGACUGCGCCCUAAAAGCUGUCUGCCCUGUCUGCCGGGCCCCCUGUUCUGAGAAGGUGCUGGGGGAAGGCUACAUCUGCCAGAGCCACCAGGAGAGGGUGAGCUUGUUCUGCGAAGAGAGCUGCCUUCUUCUGUGUGUGAAAUGCCAGGAAUGCCCUGAACACCAGUCUCAUCGGGAGUUGGCCAUUGAAGAGGCCAUCAGUCACUACAAGGAACGACUCAGCCGCCGGUGCAGGAAGCUCAGAAAGGACCUCGGGGAACUUCAGCGGCUCAAAGCUCAGGAGGAGGACAAGCAGCAAAUUCCACAGUUUCGGGUAGACUGUAGGAAUUACAGGCUGGAGGCUGAGCUGGAAAGCCAGCACCAAGCCAGUUAACAGUUGAAUGCCCUUCCUCAGCAGCAGCUGGACCAGCUAGAGGACAAGCCAGCAGAGAAGGCCAGAAUCUUAGACAUCUCCAGGGCAAUAACACAGCACAGCAACCUGAUCACUGAUCUGGAGAGGACGGCCAAGCAGCUGGGGGCCAACAUGCUGAAGGUGCAUGCCCUGAGGCACCUCCCAAAGACCAGGGUUCUCCCAGAAUAGUAAACACACUUCCUGCAACACCCCUUUGGGAGGCAUCAGUGGGAGAGGCUUCUUCCAUGAUGUAUGUGGACAGGGGCUUGUCCAAGGUCACACACUAUUCCUCCAGCAGAGUGGGGUACAGAAGAGGGGUGCUAUCCCCCCACCCAGUUCUCAGGGUGACACUCAAGACAACUUCCAAGAGUGAGUUGGGGAGGGAGUUUGGAGGU